GUUCCGCAGACGUCAUAUUUUUGGCUGUCUGCAGGCGCAGGCUCUGUCUUGACCUGGUUACCGAUAUCAUAUUUAUUUGUGGUAUGUCUGAGUAACAACUGUACUAACCAGCGCAUUACCUAGUUAACUGCAGUACUAUGAGUGAUUCUCGGAGGAAGAGGCACGGCCCAGGGCCCAAAUCUCGGUCAGAUAACGGUGAAAGUUCGUACCGGAGUCUGGCGAAUGGUGGCAAUUCCCAGCGAGGAAAAGGCUCUCAUUCCAGUUCACACUACCAAAGGAUGAACAGCUUUGACAGAGUGCGUAAAAUAGUCCAGGAAGAGGGUCGAACUGCUCGCAACUUAGUGCAGUACAAUCUACCACUGGAAACACACCAUGAGCGAACAGGCCGCCCCACGACACGUCAGAUACGAAAACCAGGGACCCGUCGUGAGCGCCCAGCCUCGCUGUCAUCAUUCCCAGGACUAAGUGGUAAAAUCUCUCCUCUUGACCCAAGCAUGACCAAAUCUCCAAAGUCAGAUUUAGGCGGCAGGCGAGUUGACCUACGAGCCAGAUACUGGAAGUUCCUGUUUGACAAUCUCCAAAGGGCAGUGGAUGCAAUAUAUGACACCUGUGAACAUGACGAGAGUGUGUUGGAAUGCAAGGAAGUGAUUAUGAUGCUGGAACAGAGUACCAAAGACUUUAAGUCGUUAAUUGAGCGCAUGAAUCUGCUGAAAGCUUAUGAGGAUGCAGCUAGAGGUGGAGACAGACCAACAUCUAUAGCAUGGGAAGUCAGGAAAAUGUCACCUGGCAAAAAUACUGGAGGUCAUGGGUCAUCGGUUCAAGGCCGGUGCUCUCCAAGUCCAGCACAGAGAUCAUUGAACUUCUCAAGUCCCCCACAGGGCCAAGGAUUUAAUCCAGUUAAAAAUGAAAAUUCUAAACCAGUGUCUACUGGCAACAGUUGGGCAGACAAGGUGAGGGGGGUGCCAGCUAGGCCUGCUGCCCCUGCAAACAUUCCACACAAGCCCACUCCUCGGCGAAGAGAACCAUCAUUAACAGAGGACUCAGUCUCACCAGCAGAUGAGGACAGUGACGGAUGGGAGACUGUGCAACGAGGUGGAAAGUUGAAGUCACGACAAUCCCCAUCGCAGAAAUCUCUUGAAAAUCUUUCCUCCAAAUCAAAAGACAAGAAGAAGCUACAGAGGUCAAAAUCAGUCCCAGAUUCUACCAAAAAUGUUUCUAAAGAAAAGUCAGUGCCACCUGACAAUGAAGCCAACAGGACAUCUUCAGAUUCCUACUUGGAAAACAACAACCCACGACGUGAGCGAACUGGCAGCAAGGAAAGCGAGAAGGAGAACAUCCCGCAAAUGAAUCCUAACGUCCUUCAGCAGCAGUCUCUCAGGCAGGAGCGGCGUUCAGAGCUGGAGCGGCACGAGAACGCUCAGCGUAUGAUUGAUAAGUUCGUCGACACUCUAUCCAAGGCUCCUGAUGACAGUUUCAGCUCUGAUGAUGAGCGGGAAAGGGAUGAAGUCGAGGCUCUUGCUGAGCAACUGGACAAUGCCUUGGCUUCUGCGCUUGACGAGGACGACACUCAGUCGAGUCAACUGGAGCGGGAGCAGAACCGAGCCAUUGAGUCCGCCAUCAAGGAGGAAGAGUCGUACCUCCAGGCUCUGGCCAAGGAGGAGAGCACUGAGAUUGAGGUGGAGACGGAAACAGAGAGCGAGCUGGGGAACACAACAUGUUCCUUUGAAAACUCCGCCCAGACCAUGGACUGGGAUGCUAUGGUGGCAGCUUAUGAUGAACAAGAGUUGUCUGGGAGGAAAUCAUGGGGGGAGAUGGCCGAGGAGGCUGAUGCUAGGACACCUGGACAUGGGGCGCACAUGCAUGAAAAACUCUCGUCACCAUCACGGAAAAGGUCCCCGACUGAGUCUCGCCGACGCCAUGAACAGAAGCAAGCCAAGGCCCAGGAACUGAGAGAGAAGCUGAUGCAGGAGAAAGCUGACAGACUGAGGGAUCUGUCAAAGAAGGUUGAGGAGGUCAGAGCAUGGAAAGAGGAGCUGAUGCGGCAACGCCGGGUAACAAUUACUCGGAAACUACAGAGAGCUGAGGUGAAACGGCAGAGUCAGCUGAAGAUCAAGGCUAAGAAAGCUCAUGAGGAGGAAGCCAAGGCAAAUGAAAUAGCUUUCAUCAACACACUUGAAGCCCAGAACAAGAGACAUGACAUCAUGUCGAAACAUCAGGAGUCUGAAGCUCGGUUGCAGGAUCUUAUUGAGGAACGUCAGAGGAAAUUUGAGGAGAAACAGGCGAAGGAGGCAGCUGUGGAGGAGCGUCGCCGGGCACUGGAGGCGGACAGAAAAGCCCGGUUGCUGGAGAUGCAGGAGAAACGGAAACAGCGGGAGGCUCGCAUUGAGCAGCAGCAGCUGGUCCGUGAGAAGGAAAGGCUUGAAGCUGUCAGGGCGAAGGAGAAAGACCGUGAGGAACGUCUAGCAGCCCUAAACGCCCAGCAGCAGCAGCACAUACAGGAGCUACAGAAGAAAAUACAACAAAAGCAAGAUGAGAGCUCCCAGCGUCAUGAGGAGAUCCUCAAGCAGAUCCGAGAGAAGGCGUUUGUGAUGAGUGUGCUGAGACAUUCCACUGAGGACCACAAUGAUGCUCCACAACUGACACCCUACGACAGGCCGAAGCUCUGCAGCAUCUGCAACUAUCUGAUCCCCUCAGAAGUGUACCUGCUAAGCCAUCUGAGAGGCAAGAAGCACCAGCAGGCUCUUCACGACAACAGCUCUGGGAUUGCUAUGUCAAAACAGGAAAUUGAAACCUUCAACCUGAAGCAUAUUGUGGAUGCCCCCGACAACAGCAACCACCCCAAGAUUGUCACAGAGAAGGAGCGGCAGAAGUCACUGAGGAAGCGGUGCAAGAAGCUACGGCAGAGGAUGACAUCACGUGGUCUGGAGUAUGAAGGGACCCUGGCCAACAAGCAGCAGAUGGCUGAUUCUGAACAUAAAGCUAAGUUGCAGAAGGUGAUAAAGGACUUGAACAAGUACCUGAUGACACAGGACCGUGGCCCCUGGCCAACCAGUAGAGUAUCUGCCACAGACAGAGCCAUAGGAGAACUCACACGCAUCUUGGAGAGAAAGUCUGUCUUGGAUCAAGUAAGUUUCCGGGUCCUGGGAGGGCUGACAACACUGACCCGGCUCCUGCAAACCAUCGCUGACUCAACACCCGCUCUCCCUCCUGUCAUACCCCAGAAAUCUCUGUGUCAGACUUGCGACGCUUAUCGCCUGGCAUGUAAGGGAUGUUUUGAGAACUGCCACUACAUGUUGUUCAGCAACAAGCUGGGAGUCCUCACGGAUCAUCUGAUACAUCAGCUCUCUCUGCUGCUGCCUGAAGACUGCCCCACUCCAAGUGGCACAGUGGAGCAGAAGCUCCCCUACGACCCACUAGCAGCCAGCCUCAUGCAGGUAGUGGCCAGUGUGCUGUCCUGCCUGGCCAAGAACAACCCUACCGUCCACUCCAGUGAGGCCUCCUUGGAGAGGAUGAGCAGCAGCGGCGACGCCUUCGCCAACAGGGGCAAUGACAUCAUCAGCUACAUCAUCAGUGUUGGAGUGAUCGACAAGCUUCAGCACUACUUCAGCAACGUGCGUGGCCCUAUUGAUGGAGACAAGAAUGCUGCCGACUUCCUGCAGCACAGCCUGGGCCUGCUUGUGGCUAUGACCAAGUUCAUGUCCAAAAGAAAUUCCAGUCUGUUUGAGAAGAAGAAGGGAGAGGAUAUGUCCCAGCUCAUCAGUACAUUUGAGGUGACGGAGUUGGUCGGCAUUGUAUCACUGCUGUAUGGUAUGCUGCUUCAUUCUGGUGCACCAAGCCGUGGUGACACACCUCCCCCAGAGCUACCACAGCACACGCUCCUGGUCACCCUCACUGGACUCCGAAUGCUCAAUCAUAUGGCUGCCUUAGACCUGGACAUGCUGCAGAAAACCCUCGGGGAAGAAGGUAUGUCCCUUGAGUUCCGCCACAUUGCAAGCUACCUCAUCUGGUACUGCUCCCAUCACACCCAAUCCGAGGAGCUGAUGCAUGAAGUCAUCCUGUGUGUGGGCUACUUCACUGUCCUGAACACAGACAACCAGAUGUUUGUCCAGUCCGGCCAGCCUCCCACGGUGUUGCAGCAGUUGUGCGCACUGCCGUUCCAGUACUUCAGCGACCCGCGACUGACCAAUGUCCUGUUUCCCACCCUUAUUUCUUGCUGCUUCAACAGCCAAUCAAAUCGACACAUAUUGGAACAAGAGCUGAGCUGUGCACUGCUAGCAAACUUUAUUGAGGAGAAACAACUGGAAGCCCAGCAAGCUAAGCUCAUGCCCUCCACAACGAAGAAAGCCAGAUCACAAGACAAAGAACACCGUGACACAGAGUUAAGGAUGACCCUGGCCAGCCGCUUCCCCCCAGAACAGUGGACAGUUGCCCAGGAGUACUUCAAGGUGGAGUAGGAGGUGGGGCCCAAGUGCUGGCACCACUGUCAUUGGGAGUUUACAUGUGGAUGCUGGUGGGUAUCAGGUCUAUUGGUGCUGAAGGCAAUGUGCUGAUAUGACAUGCUGUGUACUGUAGACUGAUUCCCUGUGAGCUGUGGUAUGACUUGAUGUCAGGGAAUGCAUUACUCAUAUACACAGCACUGACAUCCAUGUCCUUGUUGCUUUUCUCUGACACUGAUUACAGAGUGUUUAGCUGUCACUGACUCUAGUCUCAGCCCGACUGUAUGACAAAUGACAGUGUGUGGAGAGUGAUGACAGGUCUUCAACUUUAGGUGCCGUAUAGAUAAGUCAUAUGUGUGUCUUUGAUAGCAAAGACACAAUACUAUGAGUCUAGGGUGUCAUUAAUUCUCCAAAGAAAAUUAUUUUAUGUCUUGUCACAUACCUAACAGAAGCAGGUAACUGGCCUUUUUGAAACAUGUUUUUCAACAGUCACAAGUUUCUAAUCUUUUUAUAGACGUGAACUAUGGUGAGAUUGUUAUCAAUUAGAGUUGGAUUGGCUAAGACAGGUUUCAACUUAUACUGCAAUAAAUGUGUAUAGGUCAAGAGACAAGGUGAGUUAUUCCUCCUGAUGUUUUGGUUUAGCUGUUUAUGUCAAGAUGCUAUCCAAUCUUUACUGCCGAUUUAAUGAUGUAAUCACAUGUUUCAUAAAGCACAAAUCAAAUUGUUGAUGAACUCUGUACAGUAACAAUUAUAAUGAGCAAUAUCAUUAUGACUAGCUACCAAAGAGUACUUGUAUACCUGUAUGAAUGCAUUUGUGAUUUACUCUCACUUUGACAAAAAUCAACCUUGGCAAGGCAUUUUCUUUUUCCUUAACAUUUUGUUACUGUACUUUUCAUUGCUGACAUUGCAGGCUGAAGUCAAUAAUAAGUUAAUUGUAUUGUCUUGUUUUAUAUUACAAGUGUUGAUAGGUAGAUCCAGUUUAUGACUUGUAAUAGUAUCCUUUUGCACUAUGAGUUAUUAUUGGACUGGAGGCACUGGAUCAUAUUCCUAUUGGGUACUUACCUUUAUUGACACAUUUAACAAUUUCAUGUCACAGGGUAUUCAUUAACAAUGUGUUUUUCUAAAGGAAAUCAGUGAGUUACUGUUUUAUGUUAAAUCAGCAUUUUUGUAGCUGUAUAGCUAUAUAUGCUUAUUAAUUACUCCAAUAACAGUUUAAUUAUUUGGUUUGUGUACUUCAACUUUUGAUGAAAGCAAUGAUUUAAACACUUGCUUAUUAUUUAUUAAAGAUAUAAAAUAUCAAAUUAAUAAUAUAUUUUUUCAAAAUUGAUAUUGAAUCUAACAAAUAGAAAAUGGUGCUCAACAUAUGAUUGUCUUUUAUACAGUGAACAUGUUCUAGUUGAUUUUCUUUCACUGACAUUAAUUUCAGGCUGUUAAUUAAGGUUUAUUGAUGACUGACGUAUCCUAUUGACAGCGUGAAUGAUAGUAAGGCUUGAAGGGAGAUGCUGCAAGAUGGUCUCUUCUCAGGCAUUCACUUCAAAGAAAUUGUGAAGUUGCAUUGAUAAUUGUGUGAAAAAGGCUAUUGUGAUUGAACUAAUAAAGUACUAUCUUCAGCAUAAAACAACUCAUUCACUCAUUGAUUUGUGUGAAGAAAAGUACUACCAAAGGCCCAAAGUUUCAUUUUUUUGUGUUAUCAAAUUAUGAAAUUUCAUUAGGGUAUAUUUUCCUGCUGCACUUGUGCCUGAGAAAUCAGAAUAUAUUUUAAGCAACAGUACACUUUUAUACUGAUAGUGUUGUGUUUAGUAUACCCUGAUGUUCAACAUGAGCCAUUGUCCUCUGAACCAAGGUGCUAACUUACAUCUUUAAUAGUCGACCCAAAUGAUUUGGGGCAUAAUUGCUGAUAUCCUUUAAAUUAAAAAAUCCCAUUUGUUCAACGAGCAACAAUAUCACUAUAGGAAACAUCGACAAAAUAUUGUUUAUACAUGUAUCUUGUAUAGAAUUCUUCAGAUGUUGCAGAAACUAUUGUUUACCUGAAAAGAGGUUAAGCUCUAUCCCUUCUAUGUAUUAUUAUGCAUUCAACUUCAGUGUACUGGUUCAUUUUGGAAAUAACAUCUGACAUUUUUCUAAGUUGUGAAUAUGUAAGAUACCACCAUUAACUGAAGAGUUGAUGGUUGCAAGUACUGAGUCAUAUUUCAUGACUCAAAGAAGAUGAAGAUGACUUCUUUAAGGGUAGUCAAAAAACUAUUGCUAUGAAACAGUUACAGAUUAGGUCAAUAAUUCUUUAUGUUCAAAUGUUUCAACACCACCAAACAACCAUUUUCAGACAUACACUGAAACAGACUCCAACCGAUGCACACUAAACUAUCAGUGGAAAUUAUUAUAGGUGGAUGACAUUGAAAAGAAAUGUGUUUUGUCAGAACUUGAACACUGAAUACAAUUUCAGAAAAAAAAUGUUUUUUUCUCAUGGAUAUAUUUAGGAAUAGGUGCUGAAGUUGUUGCCAAGUGUCCUGGGGCAGAGGGGUAGCGUAGUGGUUAAAGCGUUUGCUCGUCAUGAUGAAGACCCGGGUUCGAAUCCCCAUGUUGAUAUAAAGUGUGAACUCACUCACUCCAAGUGUCCAGCUGAUCAGUUCUGGACUGAGCUUCUGCCUCUGCAAGAGCUACAUCUCCAUCUCUCUGUCAUCAAGCAUGUCCCAUGCAAUUCAUUGGUCUUCCUUGCCUAAGUCUGUGAUCUGUGUGUUGAGUCUUGGAACUUCAAGUAAAUCUGUGUUUGCUAAAUGUUUCUGAUGUUAUGUUUUUUUCUGUAAUGAUCUGAACUAUUUUCCAACCCUUUCAUGUGUGUCUAUUAGUAGUGUGGUGUGAUUACCAGUGGUUUUCAUUUGAUCUAUUUUAUGAGUAGAUGGAGAAAAGUAUGCAAAAAAGCAAUCAACAGAACUAGGACCAACACUCACAGUACUUUUUUUUUAAUCUGAAAGCCUAUCAAAAGAAAUAGGCCAAACACAAAGUGUACAUUUUUAUCUAAACACAUAUCAAUAGAUCUAUGCGCAACAAAAAGUGUACAUUUUAUUUUAGAAUGAUUUUGCUAUAAUUGGAUGCUGUCCAUGGCCCAGAGACACAUUUUAUUUGAUGGAACUACAUGUAAGUCUUGAUUUUUAGUUCUGUAUUAAUUUCCCUUUGUUAUGGUAAUAGGAUUCUAUUGAUCUCCAUGCUUGCAUAUGUGUAUAAUUUUAUUUAUGUGUAUUCAGUACAUAUGGUUAUUUAACCCUACUGAACUUGAUAUUAUUGUCAGUAUUACCCCUCAUACUCAUCUCUUGGAUGUCCAUGAUGUAUAUGUGUACACACUGAAGGUAAAGAAUAUCUACCAAUGAACACCUACAUAAUAUGUUUUGAUUGUUUGAUUUUUGUAUGCUUUCAUGAUGUCUAAAAACUGUUUACUAUGCAUCUUUGUAUACUGGCUUCACAUUCCUUUCAUAUUGUUUUGGUGUAUUUGACAAAUGGUUAGGUUGUUUUACUUGACUAUGGUAAAAUAACCUAUUAAUCCUUGAUUCAGCAAUUUGAUUGGUUUGUCUUUUGUUUUCGAUGUGAGUGACACUUGUAUUGACCUGCCUUUCGUAGUUAUGUAUGUGUGCUCAUGUGUUAUGAACCCACCCUGUUGUGUGUUGGAAGUGCAACGUCCAGUCUAGUUUAGUCCUUAUAUGAGAGUGAGCAAAGCAUAUUAACGUGUAUUUAGUAUUAGUAUUUUUUCACACUGACCUUGUUGACCAUUGUCUUAAUAUGUACUGAUUUGUUGGCAAAGUAUAUCAUUAUACUUUAAUUUGAUCUAAAUGCUUAUGGCACAGUUCGUCACAGUUGCCAUUUCCUUGAUGUUUUUGAGGUCCAUGUUGUCUGUAUUGUGGAUGCUGUGCCUCACCAUUGGAGAGUGCAGUGGAGGUGAAUGUUGGAAUACAAACAAUGACUGUGAUAUAUAACUUUGAACAUUCACAGUGUAAGUGUGUACUUGUUGUCUUGCUUUUUUACAGAUUUUGUUGCAACAGUAUUUGGUUUGUUCAUGUCUAUUGCUUGAAUGUCCCUUCUGUGCUGGACAGUGCUGGUUGUGACGUGGCCAUGCUGUACAACUGAUAAUAAAUUAUUACAAAAAUAUGA